AUGUACUCCAGCAGAGCUGAUAGACCCAGAAGAGUGAAGUCAUUUGACUCUGUGAAUACAAAUAUUGAUGAGAAUCAGCUCAAUAAUGAGUUUAUUAAAGCAAGUUAUAUGAAGACGGAAGACAAUAAAGAAAAUAAUGAUAGUCUGUCAGAAAAAAACAGAGCUUCUGUCAUUUUUUCAUUAAAAGAUGAAGUCGGUGGGCUUGUGAAGGCGUUAAAACUCUUUCAGGAGAAACAUGUAAAUCUAAUUCACAUUGAAUCUCGAAAGUCGAAGAGGAGGAAUUCGGAGUUUGAGAUAUUUCUGGAUUGUGACAUUGAUGGAGAACAGCUAAACGAGAUCUUCCAGUUGUUGAAACCGCAUGUCAAUUUGAUAACCAUGAAUCCACCAGACAAUUUCAGUGUAGAAGAAGACGAUAUGGAAAGUGUCACAUGGUUCCCGACAAAAAUCUCAGAACUGGAUAAAUGUGCCAACCGCGUCCUUAUGUAUGGCUCUGAUCUGGAUGCUGAUCACCCUGGCUUUAAAGACAAUGUUUAUCGUAAGCGGAGGAAACAUUUUGCAGAUAUUGCUAUGAACUACAGAUAUGGAGAUCCAAUUCCUCGCAUUGAAUUCACAGAAGAAGAAAUAAAGACCUGGGGAACUGUGUUCCGAGAGCUUAACAAGUUAUACCCAACACACGCGUGUAAGGAGUAUAUGAAGAACCUGCCACUUCUGUCCAAAUACUGUGGUUGCAGAGAGGACAACAUCCCGCAGCUAGAAGAUGUAUCGCGCUUUCUCAAAGAGCGAUCAGGAUUUACAAUCCGUCCUGUUGCUGGAUAUUUGUCCCCUAGAGACUUCCUUGCAGGAUUGGCAUUCCGGGUUUUCCACUGCACUCAGUAUGUCAGACACAGCUCCGAUCCACUUUACACUCCGGAACCGGACACCUGUCAUGAACUUUUAGGUCAUGUUCCUCUCUUAGCGGAACCCAGUUUUGCGCAGUUUUCUCAGGAGAUUGGACUUGCGUCACUUGGGGCAUCUGAUGAAGCUGUUCAGAAACUUGCUACAUGCUACUUCUUUACAGUGGAGUUUGGUUUGUGCAAGCAAGAGGGGAAAUUGAAGGUCUAUGGAGCGGGUCUUCUGUCUUCUAUCAGUGAGCUCAAACACGCACUUUCUGGCAACUGCGCAGUGAAGCCUUUUGAUCCCAUGGUGACCUGCAAACAAGAGUGCAUUAUUACUAGUUUUCAAGAGGUCUACUUUGUCUCUGAAACCUUUGAAGAAGCCAAGGAAAAGAUGAGGGAAUUUGCAAAAACCAUCAAGCGUCCCUUUGGACUGAAAUAUAACCCAUACACACAAAGUGUGCAAGUCCUGAAGGACACCAAGAGUAUCACCAAUGUGGUGAGCGACCUACGCCAUGAACUAGACAUUGUUAGUGACGCACUCAGCAAGAUGAACAAGCAGCUGGGUGUUUAA